CUUUUAUAAGGAAGGAAGGAGCGGCAAUCUGCCUCUUUUGCUCUUAGAUCCUGAGGCACAAUAAAGACCAGACUUCUUAUAGUCAGUGUCCAGCACAUCUGGAGGCCUCAAGCCUAACCUACAGCCAUAUGCCAGAAACGUUUGUGAUCUUCCCGAUGUAGAGAAUGGAAAGAUUGCUCAGUAUUAUUACAUCUUCAAAAAGUUUUAUUUCCCAAUGAAAGAGGGGAGUAGGCUCUCUGUAUCUUGUUCAGCUGGACAUGCAUUUCAGUCUGGAAAACAAGAAGAUGAAAUCACCUGCACAUCAGAAGGAUGGGAACCCCCAGCCGUCUGUCUCAGAAAAUGCCUCCGGCCAUCACUUCCAAAUGGAAAUUUGCAGAAUGCAAAGGAGUUGUAUAAAACUUCUGAUACCAUCCAAUACAGCUGCAAUGAAGGCUUCAGAACCACAAGAGGAAAUAAAGGGGAGACAUCGAAUUGUACUUCUGGAGAAUGGCUACCUCCCCCAGGAUGCCAUCAGAUUACUGAUAGGUGUGAGACCCCUCUUCUUACUAAUGGAUAUUAUGUAACAACAAGGAGAUCCUUCCGGGUUAUCGAGACGGUGGAAUACCAGUGCAAUGAGGGGUAUUACACGCCUGCUGGUACCAGUUCAGACUGGGUAGAGUGUCUGAUAACAGGCUGGUCCUCUAUACCAAGCUGCACAAAAAUGUCCUGCGCCAGGCUGAACGUUGUGGAAAACGGUGGAUUCUACCCAGUAAGACCAGUAUAUAAAGAAAGAGACGUGGUACAAUUCUACUGUAAGGAAAAAUACUCCAUUAAAGGCUCAGAAUUAAUCCAGUGCUAUUCCUUUGGAUGGGACCCUCGGCCACCUAUUUGUGAAGAAAGAAAGAAUAAGUGCCCUCCGCCCCCCAGACCUGCCCACACUAUUCUGCUCAGUGACCCCGCCCUACAUCGAUCGGGAGACACGGCACGCUAUGAUUGCGAUCACAAUUAUAUGUUAAUCGGCCCGGAGGAAAUCCAUUGUGAGAAUGGAGAAUGGGCAACACCGCCUGGUUGUGUAGAACUCAAACAAAAAAUAUUAUGUGAUAAACCACCACAAAUAGAAAAUGGGAACGCCAUUCCGAGUCUGGAGGUUUAUUACAGCGGUAAUGCAGUUCAGUAUGUAUGUGCUGAUGGAUACGAAAUACAGGGACCAAAGGAAAUCAUAUGCAAAAAGGGUAAAUGGCCGGAACCUCCAAAAUGCCUUGUCAACAAUGAACAUUGCCAACCCCCACCGGAAAUAAGCAAAGGCCAACUUGUUGAAGCUCCAUUGGGCAGCUAUGAGGAUGGCUCCUCUGUGGAAUAUAAAUGCCACAGCUUCCACCUGAUGGAAGGCUCUAAGACGGUGUUCUGUAAACGUGGAUCCUGGUCUGAGUUGCCCAAAUGCUUACAGCCCUGCACCCUGACUGCGGCUGAAAUAAAAGCUAGGAAUUUGGAGCUUCUGUGGAGCUCAGACUUACACGCAAACCUUCUACACGGUGAUAUGGUGGAAUUUCAAUGCACGGACGGGUUUGAGUUACCGAUGCAAACUGAAGUGAAAGGACACUGCAGAAAUGGCCAAAUCCAGUAUCCUACCUGCCAAAAGAAAGCUUCAAUGAAACCUUGUGGUCCUCCUCCAAAAGUCGAGCACAGCACAGAUCAUCCCUCACAAGAAGUUUAUGACUCCGACUCUGUGUUUGUGUACCAUUGCUCAGAAUACCACUUCUUAAAUGGCCACAAUACGAUUCGCUGCUCAAACGGACAAUGGGAAUCUCCACCAACUUGUAUAGUACCAUGUGUUUUAUCCAAAGAAGAGAUGGAUCGAAGCCAUGUGCGCCUGAAGUGGGGCGUUGAUAGCAAUUUUAUUUUACACGGAGAGGUUGUAGAUUUCUUAUGUAAACCGGGAUAUGAAAAUUCUGCUUAUAACGCUUACGCCUUAAGAAGUUGGUGCAAAUUAGGAAAUCUUAUUUAUCCAAAAUGUUCACGAAGGCAAAGAUAAAAGUACACAAAUCUGUACGUGAACGUGUACAUUUACGGAAUAUAGAGAAAUGUAUUUGUAUCUAUUGAGCAUCAGCUUAUUUUAAAAACAUUAUAUAUGUAAAAGUAAAAAUUUUAGGGCAGUGUUUCCCAACCAGG